GAAGAAGUAGCAGUCGCAGCACUAACUUUACGGCGAACUUGGUGUAAAGCACGUGUUUUUAGCAUUGUAGCUGCUGCCAGUAAAAUCACCUCGGCCACAAACCUGGAGCAACAUCACCUUGAACAUGGAGCCUUCAAUGUCAGCACCAUGGAACAGACAGAAAAGGAGGCGCAGCACCCACGCAAACCACGAAGAGGUGAAGAGAAUAAAAACUGACAAGGACUUUGAGGGGGCGGCUGCGGCGGUGUGCGUAUGUCGCCACAAUGCACCAACGAUCUCUGUGCCCCUUGACCGCAUCCAGCAACCAGUCACAGUGAAGGAGCUGUUGGAGCUUUUGCAUUUCGCUGCUUUGGGGAGAGCAGGUGGCAUCAAACAGCCUAGUUGGUGCCGUCUUCGCCACCAGAGGAGGAUUAAAGGUGUCAAUGUUGUGGUUGUUGAAGGCCUGACUCAGAGUCACUUUUACAAGUUCUACCUCUCAUUACAACACCUCAGAACAAAUUACAGCACUAGGGUCACUUUCACGCCGCCGUCUGACAGCCUGGUGUCUGGAAUCUUCAGCAGUGAAGUUUUGAAAUUGGACAGCACGUCGGUGUCACUACAUAAAAAUACCAGCAGUUACCUGUACAAAGCGCUGAAAUGGCACCCAGUUAUUAGCAGCUUUGGGAACAAGAGAAGAGGACUAACAGCGUAUGUUCUCACAGAGGAGGACAUGGUGAGGAGACGUUUCCCUCUGAAAGGGAUGCCGGGCUUUGAGGAAUUUGUGUGUACGCUUUGUGACGACUGUGUGAUGGACAGCAGCCCGCUGUAUGGACUUGACUGUGAAAUGUGUUUAACUGUACACGGGUACGAGGUGGUCCGUGUCUCCCUGGUGGACAGUGAUGGGACCUGCGUGCUCGAUGAGCUGGUGAAGCCCAAAAACCGAAUCAUUGACUACCUCACCAAGUUCUCUGGUAUCACUGCAGCAAUGUUACAGCCAAUCACAACCACCCUGAGGGACGUUCAAGCGAAGCUCAAGAUGCUGUUGCCACGGGAUGCAGUUCUGGUGGGUCACUCCCUCGAGAAUGACCUCCAGGCUCUCCAACUGAUCCACCGCCAUGUAAUCGACACUUCGUUACUCUACAGGAAAGAAUUUGGACAGAGGUUCAAGUUGAAGAUCCUGGCUGAGGCAGUACUGAGGAGACAAAUACAAAGAGAAGAGAAUGGCCACAAUCCCACCGAGGAUGCCACAGCAGCGCUGCAGCUGGCGCAGUACUUCAUUAAAGCAGGACCACUUAAGGUUGUAGAACGUCAUCAGGAGGUUCUGUGGGGAGGAUUUCCAACCCUGAAUGAGUCCAACGACUGCAGCUCUGCACCUGCACAAAGUAACAGAUUUGUUGACGCAUUACAGACACUCGGCCGGUCUGUAACUUUUAUAGGAAAGCGUCUUGAUGUCGACCUGAAUAUUUGUAAUCAACAGUGGUACAACUCUGACAAAGAGGUGCUGGCAGCUUUCAGCAGGCAAUCCAGAGUUCCCUUCUUCUCUCUUCUCCACUUCCCUUCCACCUGGGAGCGGAUGAAGAAAUGCUUCCUACCUCUGCAGAAACAGAAUCACACGCUGUGUGCAAACCUUAAAGAUAUGUGUGUUGUGUUUGCGGGACCAUUUCCGGACGGUUUCUCCAAGAAAAAAGUGAGGCGACUGUUUCAUUGCUGUGGGCCCGUUCAGAAAAUCAAAAUGCUGAACGCCACGGUCAGGCUUCAUGCUGAGGUGACGUUUGAGUUGCUGGAAGGAGCUGAUUUGGCUGUAAAAACGCUGAAUGGACUUGUUGUACAGGGACAGACCAUCAAGGUGCAGAGGCCAGUGUAUGAGUCUGUGCUGGACAUGGAUCUCACACUUAGUGCUUUGAGGGCCGACACAGUUAACACUUGUCACCUCUACGCCGUUCAGAUGAACCCUGGUGUAGCUGGCAGCAUAUCUGCAAAGGCCAACGGGUGCACUUCAGAUGGUGAAUGUUCAGGUGUCACUCCUGAUAAAAUGGUUGAUGGAUUUCCCCUCGGUUUUGUAAAUGGGUUGAAGACAGAAUCUUGUGAUUCUGAGCUUCCGGCUGCUGAAGAUAACACUGAGUCGACUGCAGGAACAAAGUGGUGUCUGUCUGAGGAGACACUCAGAGAGACAUUUAGCCGCUUUGGUAAAGUGGAGAGAAUCAUCCUGCCGUCUAAACCUGGAAAACCAGCAAGACAUGCAUGCAUACAGUUUGAGAGCGCAGAUGGAACGUGCGCAGCCCUCAGCUCUUCUGAGCAACUCCAGAAGGAGAACUAUCUCAUCUGUCCGUCUUUGACGCCACCUCACCUAGGCUCAUGGGUUGCCAUGGCAACCCCAGUAAUUACAGCGGAGUCCAAUGGAGAAGAUGCAGAGAGGACCACCAUGCAGAACAAUCCUCAGGACCGCAACUUGGAGCUGAUGCUGAGGAAGUUGGACCGCAGGCUGGGAAAACUCUUCGCGUCUCUUCCGGACAGCACCUUGUCUGUGGUUGUGCUGCACAGUCUGACCACAGAUCGCGGUCACGUUCCUGGUUUGUGCCUUAUGGAUAUGAAGCAUAGCUGACAGGAAGAACAGCGUCAAACACCCAAAAGCUGUAAUUCCACAGUGGAAUUUCAGUAAAUGUUAUAUUCUAUAAAUGGCACCUUGAUGUGGACAUAAAUGCAGGAUUUUAAAAACAUGGUCUACAAUGUAUGUUUUUGAUAGUUGUUAAAACUGUUUUGAUAUAACUUUGGUUAUUACUUUACAGAAAUCAGUACUUAUUUCAGUGUGAAACCAUCUGUCAUGAAAUAUU